CAGCCUGUAUGUUGCUGAAUCGUUGCGGUAAUAAACGGAGCUGUAGAGAGAAGAGCAGACCUACAACAUCCGGGCAAUAGUCAGCUUGCGCAGAAACGGAAUGGCGGAGGUGGAUUAAAAGCCCCUGCAGGAAAGUGUGGAAGUUGUGGCCUAGUGGAGAGAGGAGGAGGUACAGUGAUGAAGGCCCUCAGCAGGAGAAGCAAAAGAAGACCUAACCGGCCUUAGAGGACUUGGAAGAGAACGUUUCGCCCCAUGAAGAUGGCAGCGCAGUCCCACACUGCCGGUGAGCUUCCUUUGGAGGAGCUGCUGGCUCUAUAUGGUUACACAGUGUCCGAUCCAGAGAAGGAGACCUGUCGCAUUGCUGCCAGACUGCCAGACAUGACACUGGACAAGGAUCAGAUAACUGAGGAUCUCUUUCCUGGGGAGGAGGACGAAGAAUCGUCAGCUGAUGAUCUCACCCCCUCAGUCACCUCAAACACCUCAGAUCUGCUCCGCCGCCUCCAAGGUAGAGACAAAGACACGUUAGUCAGCUCAUCAGAUGAGGACUCCGACGAUGCCUCUAUUCCCUCCAAUGAAGAGCACAAGGAGAUCAUGGUUGGCUCUAUGUACCAGGCGAAAAUCCCUCCACUCCGUUCAUAUUCCUACCAGGAGAGAGACUGCAGCAGUGAGGACCAGUUGCUGUGGAGGCCGGGUGUUCUGCCAGUGCAGGAAGUAGAAGAGUUUUUGCUGAAUGCACAGAGCCCACAUGGCCAGCAGGGGGCACCAUGCACACAAACACGAGGAGACACUGUCAGAGACAACCAACAGGCACUGUAUGAACUAGUAAAAUGCAACUUUAAUGCAGAAGAGGCACUGAGACGACUACGCUUCAAUGUGAAAGUGUUCAGCGAAGAGCUUUGUGUCUGGAGUGAGGAGGAGUGUAGGAGUUUUGAGCAUGGCUUUCGGGUUUACGGGAAAAACUUCCACCUCAUUCAUGCUAAUAAGGUACGAACGCGCUCCGUUGGGGAGUGUGUGGAGUAUUACUACAUGUGGAAGAAGUCUGACCGUCACGAGUACUUUACCCAGCAGGCCACCAGGCUCAGCCGCAAGAAGUUCAGCCUCCAAUCAGAGAGCAUGGAAGAUGGCGACCAAGAUGGGGAGGUUGGGGAGCUGGAGGAAAGCAACAAUUCCUCAAGCUUGUUGUCCCACAGCUCCAUGGCCACUGGGCAGCUGGAGUCCCCAUUACCUCCCCAGGCGAGCCCGGACCAGGACAAACAAGGAGGAGAGCCGUCCCCGCCGCAGGCGAACUCCCCGCUUUCUCUUAAAGCCAUGAACUCGGUCCAGACAGGCCACAGAAAGCAGGCUGGGCCUGCAGGUAAAGAAGAUGGUGAGCUGGUGAUGGGGCUGUCAGACUUGUGUGGUGACGGAUGUCCUCAGCAGCUCUUUGGCUGUCCCUUCUCUCUCCCGCCCAUGGACGGCCUGCGGGAUCCUGACUCAGGCAGUUGUUGUCCCUCAGCUCUAGUUCAGCUCCAGUCCCCGCCCUCCCUCCAGAGCUCCCAGUGGGCUGGCGGGAGCCCUCCGUCCUGCCAUGAUGACUAUCGCCUCCCAGGCUCCUGUUUUUACCAGCUGCACAUGUAUAGCGGACCUUUUGUUUCAGAGGGCCCUGACUGUGAUGCAGCAGGCGGUGGGACUGGCUCCCCCCACGGGCUGCAGGUAGAGUUUAGUCUGCCGUCUGCCUCACCUCCCUCAUCUUCUGUCCUCCCGUCACACUUCCAAGCAUUUGGCAGCCUGCUGCACUUCUCUCCUGUCCAGCAUCCCCGCUCUCUCACACAGUGAAGAGACAUGGGGAAUUCAAAACUGAGUGGUACUCUUCAUGGUUUGCCCUGGGUUGAGAUCUUUGAUCGGUGUUGGUAUUUACACAGGGCUUGAAAAAAAAAAAAAACAGGACAAAAAGUGCAUUUACCUUACUUUGUGAAAAAGAAAGGACCUACUACCUGUGUUAGGGGGUUACUCACCUGUCUGAACCCACUUUUUAAAAUGAGACACUUGAACCCUCUGUCCAUUGUGGAAUGACGAGUGUUAAUCACUACUAUCAGGGCAGAGCUAUUGAUUGGCUAUGAUUAAUACAUACUGUACUGGUGAAAGUGCAGUGCAGAUGAUGAGAGCUGCAGUGGCCAUGCAAACAAACCAGAAGCAAGUGGCUAGCAGUCCAUUUUUUUCUCCUAAAACAGAUCAAUGAUUGUCAGCGUUAACCACUGUUUCUUUGUUUUCUUAUUUAUCAGGAUGGGAAAGUUUAAAUGCAGCUCAGAUUUCAUCCAAACUUCUUCCUGCAAGAGCCAAUCCCAUUUAUUUUCAGGUAUACGUUCUGCAUAUUGAUCAGCAUUUUUGCCGCUGCAGCCAUUUGAGAUCUGUCUCUGGAGAAGGUGUCAUGUUGACAUGGUUGCUGCCAUGCUGACCACAGAGUAAAAUCUGUCUGUUCAAAGUAUAUAUAGAAUACUUUAUUUAAACUUUAACUUAAGUUUAAAGGUCCUCAAUGAAGUCCGUAAUUAGU